AUGAGGAAGAGGGGCACAAAUACCAAAAAGGGGGGCCCAAAAAAUGCUUCGCUUGUUACUGCUAACGGCGGCAACCCACAUGCCAACAUUCCCGGAGUCAACUUCAACCGCAUAAAGAGUUCCUACUUGGAAGGGGCGCUAAAGCUGACAAACGCAGAAAGCGUGAAAGAAAAGUUAAAGCGAAAAAAUGAUGAACUGAAGGGAAUGGACAUAGGGGGGGACAUCCCCGUGGUGCCCUCUCUAGACAGGGUACUGUCAGUACAAAGCAUCUCAAGCGACCAUGACCUAGGGGGAGAAGACACUAAGGAGUUGAAGCAUUUUGAGGAAUUCGAAAUUGUUCUAAGGGAAGUAUUGAAUGACGAGGAGGGGUUGGGUAGCAGUGAAGCUGAAGGGGGAAAAUCCUCCUGCGAGGUGGAGAACGCACCACCAUCUAAUGAACAGUCGUUCGUAUACGAUAAGGUGUCGGACGAGGGGGGUAACCAAGAGGGAGAAAAAAUAAAGGAAGAUGAGGAGGACGAGCAAAUGGUGGAAGGCGAAAAAGGCAACGUGUCCCACCUUUUUAACAAAACGAAGGAGGCGUAUAAAUCGCUAAAUCUCGAUAAGUUGUUUCUGGUUAACAGUUUUAAUAACUCCCUCCGGGGUGAAGGCGUGGAGAGGAGGAAGCCAAACGGCAUGUGCGAAAGUGCACCCAGCAGAGGUGAGGAUAAGCUUAGCUUAAUGAAGACUAUCGAAAGGAAGUUAAAGGGCCAAAAUUCCUUCGUCAUGGAAAAUAUAUAUAACGCGUUUAGAGGCACCAUAAACGAUUUUAUAGACGUGUACCUUCAGGGGGAAGACGAAGAGAUGGGUGAGGGAAGAAGCAAAAGGACUGUGAUGAGGAAGGAUACGACGAUUCGCAGCGUCGAUCCUUUUAGACAUGGAGAAAGGGUUAACCUAAGUGAUGAACAUGUUUUAAAAAAAAUGUAUCAGAUGGACAGUGAUAUCUUCCUUCCUGGGGGAGAAAAAGGCAAAAUUAAAGUUGGGCAAAGUGGGUAUGCGAGGAAAAGGGAGGAGGACACAAAUGUAAAAAAGUACUUGAGCCAGUUUGGCAAUACCAACCCGAAUGACAGCACCAAGGGUUGCAAAAUAAAAAUGGGUGGAGCCAAUCUAUUUGGGGAAAGCAAUGUGGUAGCGGAUGCUAUGGCCUACCUCAUGGGGGAUACACCCAAAUUGACGAGGGGGCCCCCACCCAAACAGAAGAGUCAUACUCUACAUGCACAUCUGGACAAACAUAAGCAGGUGGAAGAGGCAUACAGUGCAUACUACCCUCAGGCGGAAACAUUUGAAUAUUCAAGCAUCAUUUCGGAUUAUUUGUAUAACGGGAAGGACAACGGUCGUACGCUAUCCACUCAUCCUAAUGGAUCGGAUAGAAAUCGCUUAAAGUAUGACUUGCAUUCUAGCAUGAAUGACCAAAUGAGCAACGUGUUGGACACGCAGGUAAAUGACCGAACCGUUUUUGACAUCGCCCCGAUGACGCAAAAGUACAAGUUCGCGUCAAACAUUAUCCUGACGAUUAACAAAAUAAAAAAUGUGGAACGUGUGGUAGAAAUAAAUUUAAGCAUUAAAGACGUGGAAUUGAAAAUUCCAGGCCUGCGUAUCGAAAAUGUGAUAUUGCCAUAUAAAUGUGGUAGCGAUUUGUUAACCAUAAAAAUAAAAACGCUAAGUGAAGGUAAUAGGGAUGGUUUACAUGGUCACCAAGGUGGGGAAUAUGGAAAAAAAAGGGAAGACAGGAACGAAAAAAAAGUUACAAUAAAAUGCUACUUCGUUUUCAUCCCACUGAACCACAUUAAGGAAGGAGUUGUAAAUAAGAGACUUAUCCUAAUUAGCUCAAAACGGAAGGAAGAAUUUGAAAAGGAAGGGUUACUCCCCGAUACGCUUUACAUGAUAGAAUCGCAGAAGUUGAAUUGUGAAAAGGAAAAACAUAUGUACCUUUCUGUGAAGGUUUGCAAAAGUGGAGUUCACUACUUCCCUUGUGUGAAUACCCAUCGGGGGGAUAACCUUGACGUGAAUUUCACAACCAGUGAGAACGUCACGAAGAAUUCAUUCGAACCCGUUUACGUAUGUUUAUACAACGAUGAAGUGGAUAGGGAGAUUGGGAAUAUACUGAAUGGAGGGGGGUUAGCCAACAAGGUAAGAAUGAAUAAGCUAGCUACGAAAGGACAUUACUUGGUUAACAAUUUGCCCUUCCAAUUUUAUUUCAACAAUUCUAAUGUGCUCCUUUGUAGCCAUGGGGACGUUAUAGAGGAGGCCGAAAAUCUGUUUAAUCAUAUGGGCAAAGAAUCCAUUCGGGUGGAAAGCUUCAUGGACCUUUUUCCAACGCAUAUAUUUCCCCCGGUGGAUGACGUCCUACACUUGGACUUCAUUAAAAGGAAUGAAAUUUUACAAUUAAAAUUUGUUCUUCAUUUUUUGGCCAUCACGGAGAUUAUAUGUGUGCAUUUGUGUUCCCUGUUUGGUUUCCACGUGGAUGUCAAGCCUCUCUUUCGGGAGCACCUCAACGCAGUGAAAAUGGACGAUGGGACGGGGCAGGGCAACCGCUUCACCUUUUUAUAUACAUCUUAUGAAGAGGAUGCGCAACCCAGGGGGUACUUUCUAAACUAUACGAAGCCGUUCGUUUUCCGCUUCCAGGGUGACAACCGUGGAAGCAAUGCUGAGGGGAGGACACCCACCGAAUGGGAUGAAAAUGACCUCUUCAUCGUGGACUACGCACGGAAGCAAGCCAUAUUUCUACACAACGUGAUAAAGCACCAUGGGGACGUUCAGAAUAUACCAAAGUGCUAUAACAGGAAGAAGCGUCUUUUUUUCACCACAGAUAGGAGGAAAAAGCAAUUUCAAAUUUAUUACAUGGACAUUCUCAGAAGGUACAACUUGCUACUUACUAACAGGGGAAGCCAUGCGAUGAUCCAACCAGGAGGUAAUGAACAGAAUUUCCAGUGGGGUAACCAGACAGAGUUCAUUCGGAAUGGGUACAACUCAACAGAUGGGGGCAGCUACAGGGGAGACAACCUUAUCGGAAUUACCCACGUGAAGGACACCACUUCGUUUAAGAUAAAUGCGCCAAGCAAACGGCCAGGUAGUCAUAAUAGCAAUGCACCGGUUUGUACAAACAGGGUGGAAGACGAACAAAUUGGAAACCUCUUCGGGGUUACCAACUGGGGUGAGAAAAUAAGAGGAGAAAAUCUACACAGAGGAAGUGGCGCCUUACGGGGAAAACACCCCAAUGUUGAAAGCGCAUACAGGAGAAACAUCACCGUGACGGGUCAGGCAAAAAUGGCGGAAGAGCGAAUCUUUGCGGGGGGUAAAAAAACGCCACUGGAGGAGCAGAAGUUAUGCAUGAGAGAAGAAACAACUCCUGACGGUGAAAUGACUAACGAGAAAACUUCAUUUUACAAUCUGAGGGAAUACAAAAAUUAUCACCUAAAUGGGAGAAGGGAUGAUCAAAUAGUUGGUAAAAAUGGUAACUCAUAUGAAGACGUAGACCAAGGGAGGGACAACCAUGCAGAGAGAAGUACAAAUGGAUGGCACGUGAAUGCGAAGGAGAUAGAAUCCUCUGUUGGGGAAUUGUCUCAUCCGCAGGAGGAUGAGGUCGCUUAUUAUAACAUGCAUAGGGAGGAUGUUCCGUUCAGUCUGGAAAGUGUAAAGUGGGACUUUAAUGAAGACGAUGUGUAUCCAGGUGAGCAUCCUGUGCAUGCGGAUUUUUCAAAUGGGUAUGGAAGUAGGGGGUGUGCCGGGGCGGACGGGCAGACGAUCUCCAUGGGGGAGAUCAGCUACGGCAGUGGCUACAACGAAGUGUGCAGCGAACGAAACAGUCAAAACUAUGCCAAUAGGUUUCCCCUGGGAAGAGAUGCGCGUUUGCCCGGGGCGAAGGACCAGGACUGGAUCGCUUCAAAGAUGGCCGCAUCGAAAGGGUGCAUAGAUCACACGGACCAUGCAGCCAAGCAUUGCAAGCUGGUUAGGCGAAGUGAUAAUGAGGCGUAG